AUGGAAGGGGGUGAUUCACGUAGUCUUACUGAGCCGCCAUUUAUCGCGAGAGUGAGCGUAUCCAUCAAGAGAAAAUGGCAAUACUUAUUGGACAAGAGUACAAUCCACGUAUAUGGACGCUGGGGUGUCACGCUCGCUCUAUUGACGCUCUACCUCGUACGCGUGUUUCUCUUAAACGCCUUUCACAUUGUGACUUAUGGUCUGGGCAUUUACCUCUUGAAUCUGUUCAUUGGGUUUCUCUCGCCUCAAAUUGAUGCUGAGAAUGAUGGUCCACUACUGCCGCAUAAGCAGAGUGAAGAGUUCCGGCCCUUUACGCGUCGCGUUCCUGAGUUUCAAUUCUGGUACUCGACGUUUAAAGCCGUCAUUGUCUCGUUGCUUAUGACACUCAGCAGUGCCUUUGAUGUACCGGUAUUCUGGCCCAUCCUGCUCAUUUACUUCAUUGUGCUCUUCACGCUCACUAUGAAGCGUCAGAUCAUACACAUGUGGAAGCACAAUUACGUGCCCUGGGAUCACGGCAAGCAGGUUUACAAGGGCAAGAAGAACGCUAAAUAG